AUGGCGGCUGGAGGCGGGACAGUGGCGCCCAAUCAGGAGGAGGCUUACAGAAGAGGUUUGUCUCCGCCCCAACCUUUAAAAACACAUUUUGAAAAUCAGUCCGAGGCCAGAGAUGUUUUUGAGAGCGCAGCAAUCCUCGAGCAUGGCUGCUGGAUAGAAAUCGUGCGCGGUCCUCUGAGGAGCACUUCGUUGGACGUUCACCAUCAGGACUGGAGGUUUUGGCUGGAGGGGGAGGCUGGGGACUGGGGGGCACCUGGAGGUUCCAAGGAGGCCAGGUUCACACUGAGGCACAUCGAACGAGGAGAAAAUGUCCCCACCUUCCAGGUGGAGUCCUGGGGAAGAAUUACUGACUCCCAACUAAGAGGUUCCAUGGCGGUAAACCCUGAACUGAGUUCUUCUUUUGCUCUUAUUGUCCAAGGAAACAGCGCCCCUACUGGAAAGGAGCUGGUGUUGAACGUGGCCCACAACGUCCCCCGGAUGUUGGUCUACCUGCCCUCCCAGUUUGGGCUCCGGUCUCAGUUGAACCAGUCCCAGUCCAGUGGGGCAGCGAUGCUGGAGGUGCUGUCAGGCAGGAGGAAGCUCUGGGCUGUGGGGGAGCUGGCAGCCACAGAGGGGGGAUAUAGGCAGGCUUUGGAGGUCAAACACUCCUGGCCACAGCUAAAGCCUUUUCCCAGGAUCAUGGCAGUCAGAACGUCCUACGAGCUCCAGAGGUGGAGCUACGCCCUCCAGCAGGCCACCGUGUGGGGCAAUGACCAGUUCAGCCUGUCUGCUCUGUGCUGCAGCCCUCCUGGCCUGGAGGGGGGCAAUCACACCCUGAAGGUUCAGAUCAGCGGCGUUCCCCGCUCUACCAGCAUGGAGGUUUUACACGACCGUUCUUUACAUGGAAACCUAGACAGGAUAUCACUGGGCUGGAAGAGAAACGGCCAAACAGAGAAGGUCCAACUUCUACGUUCAUGGAGUCAGUCUGAGGAUUUCAAGGAGACCAACCUGGAGCUUAAGCAUCCGUUCUGCUCCGCUCUAAGCCAGCUGUCGCUGCGCAUUCUGUCACCCGGCCUACGGAGGAAGAGAAGCAGCAGGCAUCAGACCCAUCUGUCCUGGAACGGUGCGGUUCCGGUCAACAUCUCUCUCAGCCUGAACAAACUGAACUCCAAUGCUGGCAGGGCGUGUGUGCUGCUUUCAGCUCGGCGGACGUCGGUGUCCUCUGGGAGGGGCUGCGUAUCGGUGGGUCACGGGGGAAACUUGUAUUCACAAACUGCAGAUGUAACUUGGCACAACAAGAGCUUCAGACAAGGCAUGACAUACCAGAAAAGUAACCAGGGACUACAUGGCCUUCAGAUAUACAUUGAUUUGGACAGAGUGUCCCCUGGACCCUGUCACUCCCACAUGUUCUUGGCUAAAGUUCAGACGAACCUCAGGGAUCGUUUGGAGCACAGAGUGGAAGUUGGCAUUUGUCCUGAACAGCCUAUCUCAUGGUGGUCCGGAUCUCACAGAGUGAACUCAGGAGAUGAGCUGUUCUCCACUCGGUCCAACCUGUCAGUGACUGGUCGCCAGUCCAGCUUCACGCUGGUCCUCUCAAACUCCUCCACAGCUGAGGGAACCAACGUCUCUCUGUCUACUGAGUCGAUGGUGGGUAACUGGAGCUUGGGGCUGGUGGGCAGCGCCCUGUCUUGGACCAGUGGGUCGGGUCUCCAGGUGCAGGCCGCUAUAGACGGUAGACAGAAGAUUUGGCUCAAUGGGACGAUAGAGGGACGCUGUCUUCGGACUACAGCAGGUUACAUCAACGGUUCAGACCUCUGUGAGGAUCUGAGUGCAGUGGCGUGUGCAGGAUUUAAUCACAGCUUACGGGCAGAUGUGCAGAGAAGAGAAGGCUGCAGAGAGUCUGAGACACUGGGAAGCCUGUCCCUGGAAAAGGACAAUCAGAGGCUGAUACUGACAGCGGAGGGCCGGGUGGAAAGAUUAACCGCAGCAGAGGAGCAGUUGGACUUCCUGAGCUCCCAGAUAAAGAAGCAUCUCAUAGAGAAGAUAAAGCCGCUGCAGCAUCUUCUCACAGAAAUGCUAAAACAGCCUUCAGACCAUCAGCUGCUUCAGCAGAGAAGCUCUCUUCCUGUUCUUGUUUCACGGCAGACUAAGGCCCCACUGGGCCGAGGAGACACAGGUCUGCUGUCUCUGUGGCUGAGGAGCUCCCUGCGACGUGCACUGACCAGCAGCUUGCCUGACCUUCUGGGUCGGCUUCAUCAAGCCUCUCUGCUUGGACAGCAGGAGCUCAGACGGCCUCUGGCUACUCUAGCAGGUGUGUACCAGGACGUGAAGGGGCAGAGGCUGGAGGCAGCAUGGAGGGAGGCUGUUGGGAUAUGGACGGACAGGCUGAUGGAUGUCCUACAUGCAGAACUGGAGAACCCCCACCUCAGACUCCUGUCGGUAGCAGGACUGUCGGCCCUCAGAGCUGCUCUGGAUGCGGCAGGCCAGCAGACCUACCACUGGGUGGACACCAGGCUGGCCAUGGCUUUGUCUGGGGUCCGGAAGAGGCUGGCUUCUUUCUUCAAAUUCACCCCGAGAGAAGGUGUAGUCAGCGUGUCGCUGCCGCUGCUAAAUCUAAACUUAUCAAGGGUUGCUGAAGUUGGGCCGUUGAAAGUGGUGCUGGAGGAAUGGCUCCUGAGGCCCCUGCUGGCCCUGGCCUCCAUCAGACCUUCUGCUGAGCUUUAUCGCUUGAAGAGGAAAAUCAUGGACGGCCCAUUCAGACGUAAGCUAGUUAUGUGUCAACAUGUUCAUGUCAGGCACAGCUUUCAGGUAGGUUUGUAA